CCCUACUCGAAACCUGAAGCCCUGUGAUUCUUUGUCCCAAAUUCUUAUAGGAAUUUUUCCUAUAGGAAUUCCUAUAGGAAAUUUUCGUAAGGGCACCUUACUGAUCCCUACACCAGAUUAAUUUAUGCCAAACGAUUUACUUGUUAGGGGGAGAGUGCUGCCACUCAAUUGGUUAAUUUUUUUGUGAAAAACCCUGUGUUUAUGUGAAAUUUAUUUUCUCACAAAAUACAUAUUUUAUUAAUAUACAUAUAAUACACCUUAGUUACUGUUUACUAUUGACAUAACAUGUCAACUAUUGUUUACUAAUGACAAGGUAUCUGCCUUCUCCUGUACCAAAUGAUUUAUGUCGCAACCCAUGCUGUUGACAUAUUUUGUGCACAAUUGCACGAUCCUCCUUGGAUAAGUCGCUGGAAAACCUUAGCUCUUUCCUGUGAUUGUCCAUGAUAAAAUUUCGAACAGUGUUCUUUACCGAGACCUUAUUAACCCCAUCAUCUGUGAUGUCUUUCCCAAGCCCCUGCCUUCCUUGUGUCUCAUCUACUAACACUGGGUCUGCACGCCCUUUCCCUUGCGACCCCAACCCUCCCCCCGUCCAACCCAUUUUCCGUAACAUUUGAUUGCCAAGGUUAUUUUCAGAGAUUCUUGGGGCGUCUACUUUUUUCCCUGAUGCUAAGUGGUCCUUUUCUAUAACUUGUGCUUUUUGAUGUAACAGUAGUUCGUCGACAACUGGCUGACAUGCUCGAAGUAUCUUUACCGCUUGUUCCGCACAUGUACGUUUGGCAUCUUUCUUGGUAGAUGCUUGUCCUGUGGCUACUAAAAUAUAGUUAAUGACAACAGCACAACUGAAAAAGCCAUCUUUUAGUCCUAACUCUUGAAAUUCUAUAGUCAUUUUAGCUCUUUGUGCAUUGCCAUGUAGCAAACAUAUAGGGUUUUCCGGUCCUGCAGAGUCUCGGACAUAAAGAGUAAGGCCUUUAAUGAGUGGCUUUUUAUUCCCUUCGUCUUGUUUUCGUUUUAUUUCAGCGGGAAUAUCCAUAGCUCUAGUACAACCGGCUUCGAGCUGUUGAACUCUUUCCUCUGUAGGUCCUGGGUAUCUACAGCCGAGAAAUUUCAUAUUUGCCCAAACCAUAGAUAAAGCAUCCAGCUGUUCAAUAGGAAUUGUUCCUCUGUUUGCUUCUAUAAAUUCUUUUCUUGCUUCCCACUGAAUUUCAUUCUCCCAAACACUUUUUCUCACCCCAUCACCGGCGGCCAUUUUGGAAUUUUUACCUUCUUCUUCGAAUACAGUUGAUCCGACAACCUAAUGAUAUUAAAAUACGCGUAAAAAGUAUCCAAGACCACGAAUUUUAUUUUUGUUUUUUUUAACUUUUCUGGAAAUGUUUUGAAUAAUGUUUUGAUAUUAAAUGUUUUUUGAGAUGUUUAAAUGUAAAAUACACUUAAUAUAUAUAAAAUAAAGUACAUAAAAUAUGAACACAAAAUGUUUUAGUAUUGUACAAGCAAACAUUUUCCGGUAUAUUUUGUCGACGUUUGGGUGCCUAAAUUGGUUUGGGAUGUCCAUGAUUUUGCAAACAUUUUUUUGUUAGUAAUAGUAUCAUGUUGAUAAGAAAUAGCAUUUCUUGGUUUGCUUUUGGAAAAAGAGUUGUCAUCUGUUUUAAACAACGUCUAAGCAGGCAUUAUGGACAUUAUGUUGGCUGUCAAACCCAGUUUGGUGUUUUUAUGCAGCAAAAUCAUGGACCCAAAAACUUUCCAUUGCUAUUGGAUAAAACAAGGUUAAUAAAUCACGGAUAUGGUAUUAUUAAGCAGUUUAGUUUAUUAAGUUCAACAGAACUUAUUCAAACACUUUCUGCUCGUAAUGUCGUUCAAUUUUGGAGAAAAACUGGUUCCAAACGACAACACAAUUGUUUGCAGUUGCAGAGUUUCUCGACAAGUGAAAAAGAAAAAGUAACAAGUACAAGUCAUGCAGAGUUGCCAAACGAGCAUUGGGUGCCAUAUUUGGUUAGUCGGAUCCAUAGUCUUGAAGAAUCUUCACGUUUCCAUGGUUACUCAACAUUACGGUGGGGCCUGUCUAUAAUUGUUGCUGCACUGGCUGGUGUGUAUUUUUUCCGAGACCAACUGAGGGACAAUGUUGCAGAUGAAGUUGCAGAUGUUGCGUCUCGAUCAAUGGGUAAGAGUGUGAUUGGGUCAUUCCAGAAAACAUCCAUACCUCCCCCACAGAGGAAAUUGGAAACAAAUUUUUCUCCCCUCCGCCUCCUGACAGCAGAGAUUUCUUCCUUGGGGCAGGGUGGAUCUAUUAUGGAACGACCCAUUGGUGCAUCUAAAUAAUUAGCAUUGAAAUAAGUAGUUUAAUUUUGCUUGCUUUUGUAAGUGUCAAUAGUCUCAUCCACUCACCAUGUUGUGUUUCUUUUCCAGGUGAUGAGAAUGUGAUAUUAAAGGCUCACGACAUGACGAAAGGGGUUCUGAAAAGGCUCACGAGUGAGGCAGACACAUCUGCUUUAGCCAGUGAAUUUCUUAAGACAGUGUUGCAGCAAAAUGAUGUUCGAAACACAGCAGUAUCAUUUGCAACAAGCAUCUUCGACCAUCCUGAAACUCAAGAAAAACUUCAAGAAGUUGUGAAAAACACCUUGCAUUCCAUAUUAAACAACAAAGAAACUAAAGAUUUACUACUGGAGUUUAUUAAGAAUUUAAUCGAAGACCCACAAACCAAGGAAACAUGCAACUUAUUCCUCCAAUCUUUGACAAAAGAUCCAGACAUUCAAAAGAUGGUCUCAGAGUUUUUCAAAAGUGUACUAGCAUCGCCGACUUUCCAAAUUGAAGCAAUUACGCUGGGACGAGAGGUCACAAACAAGGUGGUUCACGACAAAGACAUUCAGAAACAAACUGGUGAUGCACUUUGGAGUGCUGUCAAGUAUGGAGUCACACCUCACUGGUUUCGUGGGGAAAUAUAAUGACCAUGUUUUUACCAACAUAUUUUGUUACCAGAAUCGUAUGUUGGCUUUUACUAAUUAUGCAAAGUUUAGGGAAGAGAGAGAUUUAUUGUGUAAUUAUUUAAAAUAUUUAAAUGUUUUUCUAAAAUAUAGAAAAGAGAUUGUAAGAUUAUUUAUAUUAAAAGUGUGAAAAGUUUUAGUGACUUUCCAUACAGUAUCCAAAAUUAUGUUGUUAGGCUGUGA